GGCACGUAAUUGAACUCUUGCGGAAAAUCUAGGCAAAAGCUAUACCUUACUGAACACCAAUGUGAUGCUACCUAAAUUAAGAAAAAAAAUUUUUAAGAAAUUUACCACAUCAUCAAUAAAUCCAAUACACGAAAUAUUCGAAUUCUAAUUUCUGAUUUCUAGGUGUGUAACUUUUAUACGCGUAUGAGAAAUUUCCCAUAUAUUGUGUCUUUGCUUGCGUCUUCUCCGAUCUUCCUACUCGAUAUCAUUCUCUAUUUUCUGUUUUCCUAGUUAAUGAUUGAUGGAACCCAUCUUUCUAAAGCCAAAUGAGAAACAUUCUUGAAUCUUGCUUCAAUCAACGACCUUUUUUUAACUAUUGAUUCGAAUUUCCUGGUUUGGUUUCUGAUAUCGCAGUAGCAGCAAUACUUAUUAAAACCAAGAAAAAAAAAUGGGUUUGGGUAUAUCAAUCUUGGUGGGAAUUCAAGCAACCGUACUAUUCAUCUUCUUUUCGUACCUUAGAACCCUUGGUUUCACCCUGUUGUCAAUUCCAUUCUUGUAUGGUUCAUUGAUAUGUUUACUUAUAUCUUUAGCUUCUCACCCAUCUAUCAAUCUCCCUAUGCUUUUGGGCAAAAACCCAGAUGGGAGUAUCCCAAUUUGGUCAAUUAUCAUGUUCAGUCCAUACUUGAUUUUGGUUAGAAUCUUUUCAAUCCUGCGCAGAUUGACCAGUGGUGAGGAGCCUUACCAUGAGAUUUGUGAGGGUGUGUACGUUGGUGGGUGGCCUUAUUCGCCUGAGAAAUUGCCACCUGGUGACCCUGCUAUUAUAGAUUGUACUUGUGAAAUUCCCAGAAAAUCGGACUUCAAAGGGCACCCCUAUUUGUGUAUCCCAACUUGGGAUACAAGGGCACCUCAGCCAGGGGAGAUCGAAUCAGCUGUGAAGUGGGCUUGCCGGAAGAGAGCUCAGAAUCGGCCAAUUUUCAUCCACUGUGCAUAUGGUCAUGGAAGAAGUGUUGCUGUGAUGUGUGCAUUGUUAGUGGCUCUAGGUGUGGUGGAAGAUUGGAAAAUGGCUGAGAAGUUCAUCAAAGAAAAGCGACCUUAUAUUCAGAUGAACUCUCUCCAACAUGAAGCCUUGGAAGAAUGGUCGAGACACAGGCUAUCUUCUCGCAGUCUCCCAGGAGGAACGAGGUAGUGAUAGUGAAUGUAAGUUCUGUAUUUAUGUCUAGUUCCUCAGGAUGUUCAAAAGCUCUUAGGCCAGAGGGCAAUCACUUGUGUUAUAUUUCUUCUAUUUUAUGUGGAUAUUGACUUUUCUUAUAACCUUGUGGCUUAUCUCAUUACAAUAAACUCAAGAUAUUGGAGUGUUUUAUGGGGACAAUUUCAUUUA